UCCCUGAUCGGCGCCGGUGACUUCGGAAGGGGCGUGGCCAGCUGCUCUUAUUUCCGCCCGGACGUUCUCAUUGGGGAAGGACACAGCAGCAGCGGAGGUCUGUGUAGCACGAUCUGAAUAAACGUCACCAUGUCGCAAGCUCUUCUGUCUAAGCCUCAGAUGAGGGGUCUUCUGGCCAAGCGGUUACGAAUCCAUAUUUUUGGAGCCUUUGCUUUCUCAUUAAGUAUUGUCGCAUUAUACAAGUUUGGCGUGGCGGAGCCCAGGAAGAGAGCGUACGCAGACUUCUACAAGAACUACGACGCAGUGAAGACCUUUGAAGCUAUGAGGGAAGCGGGAGUGUUCCAGGGGGUGAGACCAAAGGGCGAAUAAUGCGACCCCUAAUCCCCAGGAAGAUUUCAGUCGGGAACCAAAUCUCCCUCCACAUGGCCUUGGAGCUGGACAUCGUUUAUGUAUAACAUGACUAUAUAAUAUCCAGUGAUGACGCUGGAACGUUUCUACAAUUCUCUGUAAAUGUGCUUAAAUAUAUAACUGAGAACCCG